AUGGCGGCCAUUCAGAGAGGCAAUAUAGAAGUUGCAAGAAUACAUGCUGAAGAUGCAAUCCUCCAGAGGAACCAAGCAAUUAACUUUUUGAGAAUGAGUGCUAGAGUUGAUGCUGUGGCAGCCAGAGUUCAAAUUGCAGUAACAAUGGGCAAGAUUUCUGCCCUGAUGGACAAAUUUGAACACCAGUUUGAAACACUUUAUGUUCAAACACAACAAAUGGAAGACACAAUGAGUAGCACCAGAACCAAGUGGCUAUGCUGCUUCAAGAAAUGGCAGAUGAAGCUGGGUAAGAAAUUAUUCGAGUGCUUUUGGAUAAUGUUGAUUUAAUAUCUUUGGGUCUAAAAUUAUAUAAUGCAAAUAAAGAUAUUUGUCUUUAUGAGAAAUAGAGUUAGAUUUUUGACCCUAGAAUUUAUUGUUGGAAGAUCUUUUGAAGCAGUCAUCCAACAUUUUUCCAUGCUCAUAAAAUGUGGCUCUGCUUAGAUCAUCCUAAUAUCUUCUUAAAAAUCUCUGGAGAUGCAUUCAUUUAGUUGUUGAUAAGAAAUGGAGGAAGGUAACUGAGGAGGGCAGGAGUUUUUAAACAUUUCCUCAAUACCUUCAGUAUCUUCUGUGUUCAACAUGUAUCAAAUGUUUGGAUUUUUUAAACUAGAUCUUCCCAAAACAAUUUUGCUGUGAUUGGGCCAUUAAGUUUUAAGCCCAGUUUGAGUCCUGAAAUCUGAGAAAUAUGUGCAAAAUAUUCAAGGGGUUCAAAAGAUGUCAACAUUACAUCAUUGCAGAUGGUCUUUUUUAAAAAUGUAAAUGACACCCUUUCUGGUACUGCUAUUAGAAACAGAGUUUGUGUUAACGGGAUGUUUAUUUCAGGUCCUUCAUGUUUGAGGGGAAUAAGUUGAUCAUGAUAAUAUCUAUGCUAUAGAAGUCAUGUUAUAUCAUUAGUCUCUGGUAUAUUAUUUACUUCAAGAAAACAUUGUAUUAAAGAAUAAAAAUACAUUUUUCAAACACAUAGAGUAAAACUGGGUGAUACUAAAUUUUAUACUUUAUCAUCAAAGGUAGAGUAAUAGAUUGAAAUAUAGUUUAUGUACUCUGUUAUUUUCUCCUGGGAAGAGAAGAUUUGAAGACAGGUGGAAAAUUUAAUUGAUGAAUAUUAUUCUAGUGUCUAAUGCCUGAUUAAUAUGAACAAUUAAGUUUAUCGGCUCCUUAUAUCACUAAUGAAUCUUUAGUAAAAUUAAAACACAGGUUAGUAAAUCAGGUUUGCAGUAUUUGAGAAAAGAGCUGGGGGUUAGGUAGUACAGUAUUUGGCUUUGUUAGUAUCCUGAUGCAGCCCACAUAUUGACAGGCAGGUAGCAGGAAUGGUGACUUUUGUUAAGUAUUAUAAAAGAUACCAAGGUAUUGAGUAUCAGAAGACUCCAUCUUAGUAGUAUGAGGCUAAGGACUUGUUUCUGUUCCUACCAAAGGCUAAAUAAGAAGAUUGGGCUUGAAAAUACAACGAGAGGUAUUGUAAAAGGGACAUUGCCACAUUAUAGCUUUCCUGACCUUCAGUGGAAAACCAAGUUUAACAGACAACUUUUUGAUAAGAUUUAGAGAAGGAUUUCUCAACCUCAACACUAUUGACAUUUUGGGCUAAAUGUUCUGUGAAUUUGUAGGAUGUUUGGUAGCAUCACUGUUUUCUACCCACAAGAUAAAAGUAGCAGUAUUGGCAGUAUAAAAUGUCUCCAGACAUUGUCAAAUGUUCCUUAGGGGCGGGAGGUCAAAAUUAAAAGAGAUGAGAUAUAUCCAUAAUGGGUGGUGACUGGAGCAGUAGAAACAGGUAGACCACUGAUGUCAAAAUACUAAUGCCCAUCCUUAAAGAUGUUUAAGUAUCCAAAUUUUGUUUCUUUGUGAUUCCCUCAACAAAAUUUAGCAUAGCAUAUCUUUAUCUUUUAAAUAAUAAUCUGUCUGUAGAAUCUCCUAAUGACUGCUAAAGUUACUCUAUUUUCAGUAGUGUUUUCAAAUUGGUUUGCAUACAGUGGUCCAGAUACAGACAGAAAGGCUAGUUUAUAUCCUGGAGGAGGCAUAUAAUAGAGAUUAAAAUCAUGGGCCUUGGAGGCAGACAAACCUGGGUUCAGAUCCUA